AUGGCUACAACGGCUUCAGAGGCUAGGAAAGCCGAAAUGGCGCGUCUGUUUGACCUUUUCGAGAAGCUUAAGUCGCAUCGAGCGCGACCAACAUCCACUAUCGACGAAGACGCGCCUAUGGAGGACAUACGGCCGCCAUCAAGACCUAGAUCAACAUUGAUACAGACAACUACCACAGAGCAAGACCCAGCGAUAAAGAAGCUGUCCAGCAUCGUUGAGAAGAGCAGCACGUCGACGCGACCGCGCAGGAACACGGUGGCGUCCAUGAUAGCACAUGGUGGCGGCGAUGUAAUGCCCGUCGAUGAAAGCCACUGCGAUUCGGAUGCUGAGUCUCUUUCCAAGUUCCCGCUUGCUGAGAGGAAGCGGUUUCCAUUCACAUUCAAGCACAUGGUGCAUAAACUGUACGACAAAGACGAUUGGGUAAAGACAAUCAAGGAAACGUUGGAGAAGUCGCAGAAUGAGUUCAAGCCGCUUGCGGAGCAGCAGCAGGUGCCCCACAUCAGUGAAAACGACAAGAAGAGAUCGGUAGAGGAGGAGGUAGAGGGAGGAAGAGAUGAGAAGACCAAGGAGAACGUUAUCCGUUUCGAGAUCGCGACUAACCCUGGUACACGAACGCGAGGAAAUUCUACGGGACGUCAACGUAGCCUUUCGAUUGCGACUACUGGGGCCACUAAAGGUUACACCCCGCUUUCGCCUGGGGUACGCUCUCCUGGGUUCAGGGCCCCAGUCAUCAAGUCUCCCGUUCCAGGGAUUAGAUCGCCAGGCGCAGAAAUAGAUCCAGAAGUUAGGGUGGUCAAAAAGAGGUGUGUCGGUCGCAGAAAGUCGGCAAGUGGACUUGCAAACAACGAAGAGGCUUCUCUCAAGCCCGAUGGUAGUCCUCGACGAGCCUGGGUGUACAACGCUGCUGUCUCCGCGUCUGAAAGGCCUAUCGCGACAGCGUUUGUGGCGUGUCCUCCUGCGCCACCUUCAUCUCCAACAGGAGGAAGAGCCCCUUCAGCAAGAUACCAGGGAUUGGGCACGAAGAACCUUCCAAGUACGAUGCAGCUCGGCGGGAUGGGUACAAAGCGGAGGGUUAUUCCCGCGACAGAUGCGCCCACAGCUACAUCAUUUGCAGCAUUUCAUCUUGGUCCACCGGCGUCUCCAACAGGAAACAAAGGUCCUUCGUCUAGAUACCCUGCCCUGGGUACGAAGAACUUGCCAACCAUGAUGCAAGCAGGAGGUACAGGAAUGAAGCCUAGAGUGGUGCCAGCUACAGACGCCCCUGCUGCUGCGAGAUUUACAGGAUUCCCUCCUGGACCACCACCAUCACCUACUGGACCAUCCAAAGGUUUUAUGACAAAAUAUUCCACCCCUAAUUCCAACAAACUUCCGAGCACAUUGAAAGAAAGAGGAAAGCCGGGCUUGAAGCGCCGAGGAAGCAUCGAAGGAGAAAUGAUGAAGGCCGCCCCCAUGAUGAUGCCGUUGCAGCAGGUAACAAAUUUGAAUACAGAUGGGUUGGCGGCACGCCGGCGAUCGAGGAUAGCGAGUAAGACUGAGGAUGACAAAGGCGGAGAGAAGGUCAUCGAGCAAAAAGAAUCGAUAAUGAAGGAAAUGACUUGA